AUGGCUGCAGUAAUACAUGAACUUGUUUCCAUCUGGCCUCACUGCAGGAUUGUUCAUGGGCGUCCGCGACACCCACAGAGCCAAGGUAGUGUCGAAAGGUCAAAUGCGGACGUUGAAAACAUGUUAAGAGCCUGGAUGAUCGAUAAUGAUUCGACAAAUUGGAGUCGUGGUUGCUACGAAGUCCAAUGGCAAAAGAAUACAUCGCGACAUAGAGUCAUAAACAGAAGCCCGUACGAAGCUCUACUUGGACCGAUAAAAAACAGCAUAAGAAAUACGUAUUUGCCUGAUGAAAUUUUAAAUUCACUUAAGACAGAGGAAGACUUGGAGCAGGCUCUCGAGGAGCAGAAUGUACAAUUGAACGCGAGUGAUUUGAACUUUAGUGUUCAGCAGUGCGAAGACGUAGGCAAGACGAAGAGGGUGCGAGAGGAUGAAGAAGAGGAGGGAGAGGGAACACACAGAAGAAGCGAAAGAUAG